AUGUUAUGCAUCAGCCAAUUGAAGAAACUGACUAUAAAUAUAACAUUACCAUUAACUACCCGAUAUACACCGGAGAACAGUCAUCCCACAUUUUGUGCGAGAAGUUUUAUUACGACUAAUGUUAUGCCUGUACCUUACCACGUCACUAUAUUAGACAAUAAAAUGUCUGUUUACGAUAAUUUUCGGAUUAUUGCAGUAUCGACUAAUGAUAGUAAUGGCACAGAUAUUUAUUUGGAAAGAAUGAUUCUGCGUUUCGGUUCUUAUAUUUACAAGAAGACAGGCAUUCGCAUUAAUAACGAUACAGAAAAUAGUAUUACGAAUGGAUGGAAUGCAUUAUAUAUUCACUCAAAUGAAUCGAUUUCAGACUAUCCAACACUUGGUGAGAAUGAAUCGUACGAAUUACAUAUUUCAACAAAAAACGCUCAUUUGUAUGCCGAAACUCUGACAGGUGUUAGUCGUGGUUUAGCAACAUUUGUACAACUACUUCAUUCAGAUACAAAUAAUGAUAUUUCUGUGCCGUCACUUCGUAUCGUUGACAAGCCACGAUUUCCUUGGCGUGGUAAGUAUUUGAAAGCGGUAUUCAACGAAGAGCUUUUUAAUCGUCUGUGA